AAGAUCCUCUAAAGACCAAAAGUCAAUAUGCGUGCCUUCUCUGUCUUAGCUACUAUUACUGCUGUCGCUCUUUCUGUCAGCGCUGCCCCUCAAAAUAAGCGCGCCAUAAGCGACAAUGUUCAAAGUUGUGUUAAUGGAUUGACUUCUUCUAAUGUCAAACUUUUGGAGCUUUCAGAGGCUCUUAAAGUAUUUAAAAGAGCUGAUGGAUACACUGGUGCUCUUUCUCUUCAUACUCAUGAGCAGGCUCUUGAUGCUGCCUUCAAUAUUACUAGCACAGAUUGUUGCGCUAUUACCUCGACUGUUUCUGAUGAAGAAGCUACUGCUAUAUUUGGCCUUGUUGGUGACUUUGUCCCUGACAUUAUUAACUCUUUUGACAUCAUCAUUUCCAAAAAACCCGAAUUGGAUGCUAUCUUUUUGGCUACUAGUAUUGCCAAGGCCGAUAUUAAGACUUUGUCAGGUUAUCUUAGACAAGUGGAUGGUUGUUUGAUUGCUGUAACUCCUGAGCCUCUUCUUGCUACUGUUCAAUCCUACAUGGAUACCAUUGAUACUAAGCUUAUAGCUACUUAUGCCGCCUACAAUAUCACGUCUUAAUUUAUUUAUUUAUUAUUACAAUUCAUAUUUAAAUAAAUAUAAUGAUGGAUGUUAAAUUUUGUCCU